AUGCGUCCUCAAGUCCACAACGUCGUUGCGGGCGUAAAUCUCAACUGCCGUCUCGACCUCAAGCACAUUGCGCUGAGCGUCCGAAACGCCAGCUACAGACCCAAACGAUUUCCCGCCGUGGUCGUCCGACAGCGCGAGCCAAGGUCCACAGCGCUAAUCUUUCGCAGCGGCAAGAUGCAAAUCGUGGGGACCAAGUCCGUGGACGACGCACGACUAGCCGGCCGGAAAUUCGCGCGCAUGUUGCAGAAACUCGGAUAUCAGCCGCGGUUCGAGGACUUUACCGUGCAGAAUAUGGUGGCGAACGUCGACACGAGGAUGACGAUCCAUUUGGAGGGCUUGAUGCUCACUCCUGGAACACACAACUAUGAGCCCGAGCUGUUUCCGGGUGCGGCGUUUCGGAUGGUGGAUCCGCUGGUGACGUUUCUGGUGUUUCACUCGGGGAAGGUGGUGCUGUUGAAAGCGAAGAAUGAGGAGGAUAUGCAUGAGGCGUGGGAUAAGUUUUAUCCUCUGUUGAUGCAGUUCAGGAAAGAGUGA